AUGGUACGGUCAAGUACCAUCGAGUACUGGGAGAUCAUAAAACGAUCGAAUGUAUGUUUGCAGAGCGGGUACCUCGGCGGCCUGCGGUCUAGCUUAGGCGGGUGGACGCAGAAAGUGAAGUCUUGGUACUGGGGCAGACCUCUUCAGAUUAGAAAAAUCACUUUCAACGCCGAACUUGCUUGCGUCUACUCAGCCCUAGUUCUGGUUGAUGAUGAUAUUGCCGUAACUGGUGAGAAAAUCCAGACCAUCCUCAAAGCAGCCAACGUUGACGUAGAACUAUACUGGCCUGGUCUUUUUGCGAAAGCGCUAGAAGGAAUCAACGUCAGGAAACUGAUCACCAACAUUGGGUCUGGAGUAGGGAGUGCCCCAUCGCCAGGAGGUGCGGCAGCUCCAGCUGCGGCAGUUGCUGCUGCUGCUAAACCUGCCAAGGAGGAAAAGAAGAAGGAAGAGAAUCGGCAUCCUAACGAGGGAAAAUAG